CACCCCAAAAAUAGUAUCGGAGCCACUGCAACUGCACGCCCCGCCUUCCCCUCACCUUCUUCGUAUCUUCCUCCCCUUCCGGUUUAUAUAUACACAGAAAAAACCUAAUCCUUCUUUUGAUCAUCAGCAAGCAGUGCACCGAUCCCUCGAAUAAGCUCAAGCGACUAUCGAUCGACCAGACCAAGAAGACAAAGAUAUGCAGCAGCGAUCGUUGGAGGUCACUGUUAUCUCUGGAGAGGACCUGCGCCUCGGCCGAAAACCAGUCAGCAAGGACGUGUCCGUCGUCGUAAAGACAGACUUUGGCUGUGGCUACCGAUGCACGACAAAGGUGGCGGAUGCUGAGGGCAGCGGGAUCGGACCUCAGUGGGACGAGAAGUUGGCAUCGUUGCCCUUACAGUGGGACAAUCGUGGAGUGAUCGCUCUUGAAGUCAAGUGCCGGACUCAGCUGGGGGACGAGAGGCUCGUCGGCGCUGCAAGGGUGCCGCUGUCGGAUUUCCUCGGGGGGUACGCGCCGGAGAAUCACCUGCACUUCCUGAGUUACAGGCUGAGGGACUCUAUCGGCCAGCGCAAUGGCAUUAUUAAUUUUUCAGCCAGGGUGAAAGCGCCGGGGAAGGGAUCGGAAGUAGGAGGCCCUUCCGGUUCCGGUGGGGUCGCGGUGGGAAUUCCAGUUUGGUCCGUCAAGUCUCACGUCUCUAAACAAUACGAAUAUUGAAUAGUUUCCUUUUUCUCCUUACAAAUUGCAUUAAUUAGCUAGACAUAUUGAUUUUUAGAUAAUUGUUAGAGAUUGUGGGUGAGAUGAGAUCUUCACGGGGUACACGAGAUUAAGCAGUUCAAUCAAUGCCUGCGCAGAUUGAAUUAACUGAUUAAUUGGAGAUCUAUUAUGGUGCUUAUUUAGUUUUCUGAAGAAAUCAAUUGCUUUUUUCUUCUUUCAAUUUUUUUUUUUGGGGUUGAGUU